AUGGUAUGUUGGGUUCGGGCUCUCUCUCUCUCCCUCUGUUUCCAUCUCUCGAUUGCUCUUCCGGCUCUACGAUUGGGAAUCGAUAUUACCUAGGCUAAUUUCUCUCUUUUCUGGCAGGCUGUGCCGGGGUUUUCGUGGAGGAGUACUGCCAACGGCGUUAGUUCUUCUGACCCUCCUCCCUCCCUCCUCGUCCAUCUAGCUAUCUGUCUUGUUUUCUUUUCCUCUGUUUGAACUUUCAGAAGAAACAAGCUUGUUCUCACAGCGACAUGCUUCGAUUCCCUGUGGAUUCCUCUCAUCGUUCGUUCUCUUCGGUUACCCACACAUUUUUAUUCCUCGAAUUACAAUUCGCGAAACAAAUUUCCCAUCAAACUUUUUCUUUUUUUUUUCUUUUUUGGGUAGUUACUAAAACACUGCCUUCAUAAAAAUAUAUGGUGGUCGAUAUUACCCAGUUGAUGGUUCAAGUUAUUUCGGUCGUCAAUUAUUUUUCAGUCUCAAUCUAUUUUUAUCUCUCUGGCUUGUUUCCAAAAGCAUUCAUAAAAGAAUUCUUCUUUUCUCUCUUGGGCAGUCGUCAAAAUUAUUCCUAUAUAUAAAAAAAAACAGCUUUUCACUGCCCAGUUUAUGGUUACGAAUAUCUUUUCAUGAAAUAUAUUUAUAUCAGACAGUUUAUUUAAUUUAUGCUCUCUAUCAGAACUGUAACUUCAUCAAAGAAAGAUCCGUCUAAGUAGCUGAUUAUGAUUUUAUAUCAUCUCUUGGUGUACUUUUGAUUCAUCGCUUCUGUGCUUAGAGUGAAGGUGCCAUAGCCUCCUCUGUAUUUCUCCCAGAAGGAAUUAUCUGAUGGACUUAUUAAUAAAUGAGUUGUUUCAUGAUCGCAGACUGUCGUUCAGGCGGAUCAUACCACAAAUAGAAAGGCGUGCUCAUUCAGCAUUUUGUCCACUGUCACUGUAAUCUUCAUACUUUUCUCCAUCGGAUGUGUCUUCAUUGCCACUGACAAUCGAAUGGUGAGAUCCCCCCCCCCCCCUUCUUUAGUUUCAUCUGGCUGUGAACGUGUCUGGAGCCUUGUUCUUUUACGAAAUUAGCAUCCAUGAGGAAGCAUUAUUUGGAUAUUUUUCAGAGAUAUUUCGUUGGAAAUAUAAAACCAAAAAAAAAAAACAAUUUAUAUUUGAGAGCAUAAAAAAAAAUCUUCUGCUAUUUUCCUUUGCCCCUGUGCUUCACUGAAGACUAUGAUUCCCACCAGGAAAUAGGGCCCAGAGUCUUUACUGGGUAUUCAAGGUGAAGCUUAUUCUGUUCUGAUAGUUAAUGAACUAUUCGUUGGCUGUCCGGAUCCUCAGAUUCCUCUAGAUACUUGUAGAGUGAUCUAGACAAUUUUCUAGCUGCAGGAUGACCUAAACUGCCGUUUUGGGUACAAGCUAGCAACUCAGGUUCAAAUAAUGGCAGGUGUACAUAAUUAUGUAGCCGAAAUCUUUAUUUUCUAUUUUUUUCGUGAAAAAAACGAAUUACUCUAAUUUGAGCUGUUAAAUGAUUUUUAGAAGGAUUUGUUUCCUGUUUUCUUCAUUUGUUCAUGUGGAGUUGGUUCCUUGGUGUGGAAUAUUCUUGUGGGAAUCUUGCAGAGGAUGCCAAGAUGGGUAGCCAUGAAGUCAAUGGCGUCUGUAUCUAAAAGUUGUGAGGUUUGUCUCUGCUAUCAGCUAUGUGAGAGAACCCAUGAGGGCAUACUCGUUGUUGGUUGACCUUUCAUGGUUGCUGUAGAGCCGAUGCCCACCUCGAGGAAGUGAAGCAUUGCCCAGAGACAUUGUAAGCAGAACAUCUGAUCUGGAGAUGCAACUACUGUCUGGGUCUCCAAAAAGAAAGGUACACGAAAGAAGCCCCCUUUUUUUUUUUUUGGUUGAAAUAAGAUAUAAUUUGUGUCUGGGUUGGGUGAUUUUUCAUCAUCUGAUGUGAUUUUGAUGCUUACUAUACCAGGAAAAUUCAGAUACUCCAAAGAACUUGCUAGCCAUUCCGGUAGGGAUAAAGCAGAAAGAAGGCGUUGACCAGAUUGUUCAGAAGGCACAUCUCGAAAACAUCACCGUGAUUUUCUUUAUUUCUUUCUCAUUCCAGUGUAGAGCCCACAGAAAUAUCCUGAUUAAUCUAAUUUUUUUUUUCAUCUCGAGGCAGUUCCUCACUGCUGACUUCAGAGUCAUUCUCUUCCACUAUGAUGGUGUUGUGGAUGAGUGGCGGGACCUUCAUUGGUGUGAUAAUGCUCUGCAUGUGUCUGCUAUCAAUCAGACGAAGUGGUAUUUGCAAUAUUUCAUCCCGAAGUUAUAUGGUUUAUUGGUCCCAUUUCCUAUAAAUGGGACUACUAAACUAGGACAUAAUAGUCUUCACUUAUGUCAACAGGUGGUUUGCAAAACGAUUCUUGCAUCCAGACAUAGUUGCUGAAUAUAAUUACAUAUUUCUCUGGGAUGAAGAUCUCGGGGUUGAAAAUUUUCAUCCCGGACGGUAGGCUGCAGUGCAAUGCACCACAGUGUUAGCUGUUAGAUUUCAAGGAUUGACUGCUUAAUAUGGUGUUUACCUCACUGAUUGACAGGUAUUUGUCGAUUGUUCAAGAUGAGGGGUUGGAGAUAUCACAGCCAGCCUUAGACACUACGAGGGGACUCAAGGUUCAUUAUCCGAUCACUGCCCGUCAGAGACGAAAUAAAGUCCACAGGUUUAUCCCUUUUUUUUUUAAUUUUUUCCCUGAUAAAAAAAUAAUGAUUUGUUGUGUUCUACUGUGAUCUAAGCCAGUGGGUUAACUCUCUUCCCUUUUGUUUCACAUUGACAGGAGAUUUUACAAGUUAAAUGGUGGUUCCAGAUGUUAUGGGAACAGCACGGGGCCUCCAUGCACAGGGUAAGGUGGCCUUUAUUUUUGCAGAGGCUCUGGCAUUUAGCUGGCAAGUUCAAUUGAACAUUAACUUGAAAAGAAGAAAGAGGGUGCAUUGGAGAUUCGAAACCAGUAGAAAUGGCAGUCUUGUGAAUCAUAAGUUGGUUGAACACUGAAUCCAGAGGAGAAAUCAUAACCUGUAACAUGCUUUCUGACAAUGAAAAAUGUAUUUGGUUGUGUUACAACAAAGCAAUUGGCAUUCAUGUAAAUGAAGAAAUAUUAGCAAAAUAGUGAGAAUCGGUGGAAUGAUAUGGUAAAGUUCUGAGGAGAUCUUGGAUUGCCAUCCACUUUCGAAAAUAAAAGGCUCUCCGCAUCCACAUGUGGUGGUUACUUGAUUUGUGUCUGAUUUACAGCUGGGUGGAGAUGAUGGCUCCUGUGUUCACAAGAGCUGCCUGGCGUUGUGUAUGGCAUAUGAUCCAGGUAUUUUACAGUCUUUAUAAGCCAAAUAUUAUUCUCAACUAGGCUUGUUCAGAAUUAUCAAAUCUGAGCAUCUACCAUCUAGACAUUUAUAUAUUUGUUUUCUGUGAUUCAGAAUGAUCUGAUUCAUGCAUGGGGUCUGGACUACAAGCUUGGUUAUUGUGCCCAGGUGAUGCUUUAGCCAUGAUUUCCAUGUAGAGCUCUGUAGUAAGAAAGAACAUCUGACCACUUUUUACAGGGUGAACGCUCUAAAACCAUCGGUGUGGUGGAUGCUGAGUAUAUUGUCCACAAGGGUAUUCCUACACUGGGAGGUUUUGAUCUCUACAAGGUAUGGAUUUGAUUCUUUGGGUGCUAGUCACUUUUUAUCCUUUGUGAGUCCAAUGGAUUUAGCAUCAUUUUCCAUUAAAAUGCUUUUCAGGGGUGAUUUUUCACAGCCAUGUGUCAGCUCAUUUCCCAUAAACCCAAUUUGAGUUACUAAUAUGAUUUAUAUUGGCUCGAUUUGAGAAUUUACCGUAGCAAAUGGCAAGUUUGCUAUAAGGUUGCCUUCCAUAGGUCCUUUCAUUGAUAAGAAUGUGCCUAUCAUGCAGUUAGCUCCAGAACCCAGCUCUCAUCCUCAGUCGAAAGUUUCAUCCGACUUGAAAAAGCAGGUGCGCAAUUCUAACAUAUCUCGCCUUAGUUUAUCCUUUCUUUGUGUAAUUUUCUGAUAUAUUUCUCCCUAUAGGUCCCAUCUGGAACAUCCUCCGGCAAUGAAGAUAGGAUAAAUGUAAGCAGUAAUUAAACCACGAGUGUUAUUUCAAAUAUUUUAUUUGCCGUUUCAAUUUCUCAGGUUUCUAGGGUUCUUAUCUCAUAUGGUGACAAUCAUUUAAAGCUUUUAGACCUUGCUUUUCUAUUCGAACUCAUUCUAAUAUUAGUCGGUGGGGAGUUCUUCAUGGAAUAGCUGAUAUAGCUUGUAUGAAAUCAUCAGAAAAAAAAUAAAAUGUUUAUUGUUCAAAGCAUGCAAUCUGACUACCAUAUUAUAAGCCCAUAAAAGCAUUGAAAGGAUUUAUCUUACUCAGAAUAUGCUAAAUGACUGGACUAAAGAGCCAAUGAAAGCCAUCCUUCUCCCUCCUUGUAAUGAACUCUACACAUAAUCUUGCAGGUAAGACUGCGAUCAGCAGCCGAAUUGGAGAUUUUCAAGGAGAGGUGGAGAAAUGCAGUUGAUGAAGACGAAUGUUGGACGGAUCCAUAUCCCGAAAAGAUUAAGUGA